AUGCCACGUAGUCUUCGUUCCGGGAAUUCCUACGCUUCUCCCCCUCCCCCUCCUCCACGCCCUGCUCGCAUUCCACCCGAUAAUGUGAUCAGAAAUCGAGACUAUGAGCUCUUGCCUGGUGGCAUGAACAUCCCUAUGGGUCUCGCACGUAAGAAGGUUGCUCAAUGCCAUCUCGAAUUCAUAGAUAUGGGACCAGUAGACCCAGAAUAUCCCCCAGACGAAUACCGCAACAACCAUUGCAUCCUCCGACUCACAUUCUUACAUCAACUUCAAGACGAUACCCCAUACGCACCCAUUGGCACUAGGGGGGUGAUCCUGGACUUAGAAGGUGUGGACCAAUACGAGACCACAUUUUCAGGUGAGCUAAUGAUGAGUACUUUUCGGUACGAAGGCCGGCAUCAGAGGUGGCUGCACGUCGCACCGCUACGUAUGGGCGGCCAGAGGACAGUUGGGGAUUGUGUUCGGAUCAUUCGAGAUUCUCGCUUGGUGCCUUGUCGCUUUGAUGCCUCAAACGAGAACCUGGCUGGGUGUAGAGACUUUAUGUUCAAUUACAAGUAUAAUGAGGCUGAGAACCCUCCUGACAAUCGUGUUCUCAACCCUGUGUCAUAUGCUGUCUUUGAACGAACAUACCAACAUACCACUAUCAACGGAAUCAAUUAUACUGGAACUCGCCGUUUCUUGGAAGAGUAA